AUGUACCCUCGCCACCGCGACAAGCAGAAAUGGGUGCGGCCACGUAUGGGCAAUUCAAUUUCCGCUGCGGGUAGGUUUAAAAACGAGGUUUUAUCUCGUGGGAAGGACGUCGCCAAAGCUUACUUUACGUUUUACCAAAAUAAGCAUGAGGUUUUUUUAUGCAAUUUUUCCGCGGCCGUUCGCUGGCAUUCGCCUCACUCGCGUAAACCCGGAGAAACAGCAAGUCCCAAGUCCUCAGCGAACGCGAUCAUGAGCCUCCGUGGACGACCCAGCAACAAUGGCGGUGCCGCCAACCCACGUCUCUCCAACUCUCUGCACCGCUGCGCCAUCGCUUUGUGCUCGAAUCAGGCCGUCGCUGAGGGCGUGUGCUCCAUGCAUUUGUCUCGUAACGGGCGCGUGAGCGGGGGUCAGAACGCCGUCAUGGACAGCCGCGCCAUGGGCGUCCGCGGCCCACCUUCGUCCUCUGCGGGCAUGGGCGACGGUAUGGCUGACGACAGAUACUACCGUGCAAGCGCACACGCCGCCAUGCAGCCUCGCGCCGGUCCUUCCACAAAGAAGCACAAGCCAUCGCCCGCCGAGCCUGUGAAUCGCUACGCAAUGGAAAACUCGGGCUCCAGCGGUGGCGGCUUGACACGUGAGAGUCUGAACGAAAUGGUCAACCAGAUGCAGUACUCAAAGAACUCGAGUAUGUCCGCCUACGAGAACGACCCGUACGUGUCCGCACAGGCCUCAAACAGCGCCAACGGCUCAAACCGCUCCGAAUCAGACGGCUCUGUGGACGAGACCAACCUUCGUCGUGAGCGCAACCGCAUUGCCGCACGUAAAAGUCGUCAGCGCAAACUUGACCGUAUUUCUAACCUCGAGGACGAGAAGAUGCGUCUCGAGCAGCACCGCGACAUGCUCGUACAGGAAAUUCGCAGUCUGGAGAAGAAGGAUUCAGGUGCCGCGUCGAACGUGGUGCUCACCAUUACGGACAAGGAAUACCAGCAGCUACAGAAUAAGCGUCUGCAGAUCAUCAAGCACGUGGAGGAGGCGUACAACUCCGGUGACAUUCUGUCGACGGUUAAGUACUUCCGCGAUGACUCGAUCGUCAGCGGCCCCCAGAACUCCUCGGUGCAUCUGCGUGGCAAGGACGCAUUGGUGUUGGACUAUCUUUGCACGAACUACUUGUUCGGUGACGUGCGUCUGCACCACGCCAAGGUAGACUGCGGUGGUCCACGUAGCCAGCACUUUCGCGUGCAUUGGGCGUUAUCGGGCACGAUCAAGAGUGCCGGCGUCAGCAUGAACAAGGAGUUCCUCGAGCUGAUUGAAAGUGUCAAGGGCCGCCGCGUCACCAUCGAGGGUGUCAGCAACUUCUCGUUCAGCGGAGACAAGAUCGUGUACGUGCACCGCACGGCAGACCAGGCCAAGUUUCUGUCGGCUCUUGUCAAUCUGAGCAAACGGUAA